GCGAACGCGCGUUCGGAAGGCUGAGGACCUGUACGUCCCAAGUGUCAGACACCACGCCUCUGCCUCCUACACCUCCCGCUGCCCCUCACACCAGCCUGGGCACCAACCCAAGUAUAUUCCGGUCCUUAUAAGUGCAAUCUGGAGGUUGUGAGGAGGCUUGUGUAGUGACGCGCGAGGAAAUAGAGAAAUAAAAAGCACUGGUGAUAUUUAGUUAUAGCGUGCAAGGAAGUUUUUGGGUGGUGUCGUGCGAGUGUUGAGUGGAGGAGCACCUUGGUGACACCCAAGCAUGUUGGUGGAGCGGUGCGGGGCGUGAGGCGCCGGGGCGCUGGAGGUGUAGUGUGUAUACCAGGCCCCCUCAAGCACCUGCCUCAUGCGAUUCGAAAACCUGCAGGAGCUGGGCCACCUUGUCAACUCGCCGCCGCUCAAUUCCCCCCCUCCUCCUAUCACCCCCCAGGGCCCGGCAGGCAGCAUGGCAUACCACCCGUUCCUCCUUCAGAGACCCACCGACUUCAGCGUUAAUUCUCUCCUGACGCAGUCGCCGUCAUACCUGCCGACGCUGGGGUUGCCGGCAGCGGCGGCGGCGGCAGCAGCGGCGGGCUCUCCAAACCCAUAUAGUUUGUUGCCCAAAUUCCCGGCUCACCUCGGCCACCCUUUCACCACCGCUGAGGACGUCCUAUCGCAGUCACAUGUGCGGCCCCUUCGCUCUCUCAUGCCGGAGGAGGACGGUGUUGUGGACGACCCAAAGGUCACCCUCGAGUGCAAGGAUUUAUGGGAGAAGUUCCACAAGCUAGGCACCGAAAUGGUUAUCACCAAGUCUGGCAGGCAAAUGUUUCCUCAGGUGAAAUUUAGAGUAUCCGGACUGGACCCGAAGGCGAAGUACAUCCUGCUGCUUGACAUCGUGGCGGCUGAUGACUGUAGAUAUAAGUUCCACAACAGCAGGUGGAUGGUAGCCGGUAAGGCGGACCCGGAAAUGCCCAAGAGAAUGUAUAUCCACCCUGACAGUCCAGCCACGGGGGAACAGUGGAUGCAGAAGGUGGUCUCAUUCCACAAGCUAAAACUCACCAACAACAUCACCGACAAACACGGCUUCGGCGGUGCGGAGGCUAAGACGAUCCUCAACUCCAUGCACAAGUACCAGCCACGCUUCCACCUGGUGAGAGCCAACGACAUCCUCAAGCUGCCCUACUCCACCUUCAGGACCUACGUGUUCAAGGAGACUGAGUUCCUAGCCGUCACCGCCUAUCAGAAUGAGAAGAUCACGCAGCUGAAGAUCGACAACAACCCCUUCGCCAAGGGCUUCCGUGACACUGGUGCUGGCAAGCGGGAGAAGAAUUCUACUUUCUACAGGAAUGUGGUGAUGAGCCGGACCUCGGACGAGCAGAAAAUCGACCAUCAGAUCGCGCUGCCGAACAUCCGCAACUAUCCGGACAACGCCGCGCCCAUGGACUCCGAGAAUCAUAAAGACGACGACGACGAUGACGAGCGCCUGGACGUGGUGGGGACGACGGACUCUCACAGCGACGCGGCUCACGAGUUGAUGGACUCAGAUGUGUCGGGCGAGGAGACCAACAACAAUGCCGCCGAUGAAUCCGGUCGAGACUCCGUCAAGAGGAAGAGCGAUCUAGAUUCCGAUAUGGACGAUCCAAACUCCCUCUCGGUGCUGAAGAAGGUGGCGCCGGAGAAAGAGGAGCCUUCAGGUUCUGGCGGAUCUGAUCCCACUCCCAAUAUUAGCGUUGGUCCGCCCUUCCAGCCGCCGCACCUGCUGCCCUACCUGUAUCCCCACGGCCUGUAUCCUGGAGCGGCGCAAAGCCUGGCGGGGCUGCACGGCCUCAUGUUGCCUGGCUCCUCGGGCACGGGACUGAGCCCGCCCUCCCUUCCGCUGCCGCUGCUUGGGUCUGGCUCGGGGGCGCCACCACAUGGGUCCUCGCCGCUCUCCCCUCCCACCUCGCUGCCUGUAGCCCACAACCUUCUCCUCGCCCACAACUUGCUGGCGGGCGCAGGUCACCACCUUCUGGGAUCCCACACCUACCAAGGACUGGCGGGGCUGGCGGUGUCCUCAGCGGGCGGCAGCGGGUGUGGCGGCACCAGCUCCCUCAGCGCCGCGCCGCCUACAUCCUCCUCGCCCGCCGCCCCCUCCCCCCUCCUGCCUGAUCGCCUCAAACCGCCUCGCUUCACUCCCUACUUGGCCUCCUCCACCGCUGCUUCUCUCUCCUCCAUGUUGUCCUCAUCAUUGUCAUCAUCACUGUCGUCGUCCUGCCUCACGCCCACACUCUCAUCCUCCCUGCUCGGCGAGACGACCCUGGGAGGCUCCUCAGCAUUCCAAGCGGUGAGUCCCAAGGCGGGAUCACGGCUGGAGGAGGGUGUGCGUCGCACCGCCGCCCACUCCGUCUCUGCCGCCCACGCCGCUUCCGUCGCCUCCGAGCUGAAAUCAAUCGAAAAAAUGGUUAAUGGGCUCGACCGUCGUCCGGACUUACCAGAUCCACUUAAAAUGGCUGAUAAAUGAGGGCGGGCCCCCGCGUCCGCCUCAGGACACCUGCACACCCACCUAGUGGCCGUAAACGCCCUUAGCGGCGGUUCCGUCUGCUCCUCCAGUCCACUCUAGCCCCCUCCCCCCGCCGGCCCCCGUGACACACACUAACC